AUGACUUACUUGUCGGUGCCCAAUAGUUUACCCUCGACCAGCAUGCCCGAGUACACCCUCCUCAUCUGGGCACGCGGCGCCUUCCCCCGUCGCAUCGUCUACCAACUCCUCCAAAAGGGCCUCGUCACCUCGCCAGCCGCUCUCCUGGCCGGCGAGACGACGCAUCCCAAUCUCACGCUCAACAUCCAAACCAUGACGAUUACGAACGGCGCCUUUUCCGAUACCCAGUCUAACCCCUCCGACCCCAAACCUGCGGACAAAAGCACCCCCUGCCUGCGUGUGCGAGACGGCGACACAGAGUCCUGGAUCCACGAAAGCGCGUCCAUCAUGAUGUUUGUCGAGGACACCUUUGAAGGCCCCAAUCUCGCGAGCAGAAACCCUCUCACAAGGGCGCAGACGUGGGAUCUGCUGGGACAGAUCAACCUCGCCAUGGUCGAUAGCAUGUACUACAUGCGCCACGCGACGCCCGUCACGCAGUUUUGGUCGGGCAUAGAUCCCAACGAGCGCUCGCACCCCGCCGCACGGAAUGCUCGUGACACAUUCCACCGCGGCCUGGUGAAGCUGCAGACCUGGGCGGAGCCCUCGCUCAAGAGCAGUGGAUGGCUUACACCUGGCGUCGACGGUCCUGGUGUCGUGGACUUUGCGGUUGCAGGCCCGGCGCGAUACCAGUGGCUGGGCUAUGAGCUGGACAGCUUUGAAGAUGAGAGGCUGGGGCUCCUACGGGAGUGGUGGGCGCAUUUCAAGACGUUGAGCUGGUGGGAGGAGUUUGAGGAGUGCAAGGACAACCAUCCCGAGGGAUUUAGCUUUCCGAAGGAGGUGAGAGAAGUGUGA